CCCACUCUUCAUUUCUUGAACCCAACAAUCACCCCAGAACAAAGCAGAAGAAGAAGUAGUUGCAGAAGAAGGAGGAGCUAAUUUUCUGAAAUGGGUCGUGGGAAGAUUGAGAUCAAGCUGAUUGAGAACCAGACGAACAGGCAGGUGACAUAUUCGAAGCGACGAAAUGGGAUCUUCAAGAAGGCUCAAGAGCUCACGGUUCUGUGUGAUGCUCAUGUCUCCCUCAUCAUGCAGUCCUCCACUGAUAAAAUCCACGAGUAUAUUAGCCCUACCACUACGCACAAGAAGAUGUUUGAUCUCUACCAAAAGAAUUUGCAGAUCGAUCUAUGGAGCUCGCACUACGAGGCAAUGAAAGAGAACUUGUGGAAACUGAAGGAGGUUAACAAUAAGCUGAGGAGGGACAUCAGGCAAAGGCUGGGGCAUGAUCUAGAUGGUCUGAACUUAGCUGAGCUGCAAGAUCUGGAGGACAAGAUAGCUCAAUCCGUGCAGAUCAUACGUGAAAGAAAGUACCACGUACUGAAGACUCAAGCAGACACUACCUGGAAAAAGGUGAAGAACCAGGAGGAGAGAAACAGUCAAUUAGUUCAUAGCUAUGCAGGUAAUGAGGAUCCGCAGUAUGGUUAUGUGGAUGAUGAAGGAGACUAUGAAUCUGCGGUUGCAUUGGCAAAUGGAGCAUCCAACUUGUAUCUUUUCAAUCGCGUCCACAAUAACCACAACCUUGACCAUGGACAUGAUGGAGGUUCACUUGUCUCCGGCAUUACUCAUCUUCACAACCCUAUCAAUAAUCACCACAGCAACCACAACCUUGAGGAUGGACACGGUGGAGGUUCAUUUAUGUCCUCCAUUACUCAUCUCCAUGAUCUCCGCCUUGCUUGA